AUGACCAUCACCACCAUCACCACCACCAUCACCAUUACCAUCAGCAUGCUGCAGCCUGGGCUCUGGAUGGCCCUGGCCCCUCUGCUAGGCACCCUCAGUGCAGUGUUAGCUGUUCAGGCAGGAGCCAAGUAUGAAGCAUGCUGCCUGUGUCUUCUGCCCUCUGGGCUACUUCUUCAUAGACAGAGUCCUCAGCUGCCAGCCCUGCCCCACAGGUAUGCGUGCCCUGUGGGCUCCUCCAGCCCCCAUGCUCCCACCCACGCCUGCCCGCCUGGGACAUUCAGCAGCCGCAACAACCUCUCAGACCCGUCACAGUGUGAGAUCUGCCCUUCAGGACUAGCUUGUCCGAGGGGAACUGGGAGUCCAAACUGGCCCCCCAUCCCCUGCCCAGCUGACCAUUAUUGUCCUCUGGGCACCAAACAGCCGACCCAGUUCCAGUGUCCCCCAGGUACCUGGAGUAGCCAGACCGGACUGACAGCUGUUGAGGAGUGUGCGCCCUGUCCCCGGGGCUGGUUCUGUAGCGGUGGCACCCAGCUGCCUUCAGGGACGUGCAAAGCUGGGCAUUACUGCCCCCAAGGUACAAUGUGGGGCACUCAGUUCCCUUGCCCAGCAGGCACCUACAGCUCUCAAGCAGGCAAUGGCCAGGUGGAAGACUGUCUCCUCUGUCCCCCAGGGGCCUUCUGCCCCAGUGGUGCCCCCAAGCCUAUCCUCUGCCCACGGGGAACCUCCCGCCAGAGUCCAGGCGCAAGACUGGCUGUGGCCUGUGUCCUAUGCCCUAUAGGUCACCACUGCCCUGAGCCAGGCACUGCCACUCCACUGCCGUGUGGUGCUGGCAGCUUCUCUGGUACUUUCCGAGAGGCCCCAGGGGCGGCUCGUGUGGAAGACUGCCAGCUGUGCCGCCCUGGGACCUUCUGCGGUAGAACAGGCCUGGCCAAGCCCCAGGGGCUGUGCAGUCCUGGGUAUCACUGUGGGCCUGGUUCCAACACCUCCUCUCCGGAGGGCCUCCCCUUUGGUGACCUCUGCCCUGCUGGCCAUUUCUGCCCCCCUGGCACCAAGGACGCCAGGCAGAAGCCCUGCCCAAUCGGCACUUGGAAUGUAAAGAGAGGGGCACAGGACCUGAGCUGGUGUCUUCCCUGCCCGCCUGGGUUCUUCUGUGCUGCAGCAGGCCAGGCUGCCCCCACGGGCCCAUGUGCACCAGGAUAUUACUGCCCAGGAGGGGCAUGGAUGCCGAGACCUCUCAGUGGCCCAUGGGGAGACCUUGGCCCUGUGGGCCACAUCUGCACUGAAGGCUUGCUGGAGGCUUCAUCUCAGCCAGAUGGGCAGCACAACAAUAGAUCAGGAGAUGAAGUCACCCACCUGGAGAGAUGCAUCCAUGCCAUGGCAGGGGGGCCCUGUCCUCCAGGCCACUUCUGUCCAGUGGGCACAGGGGUGCCCCUGCCCUGCCCUGUGGGCACCUUCUCAGAUCGGAUGCUUCUCUCCAUGGCGUCAGAGUGCCUGUCCUGCCCCCCUGGCUAUUUCUGUGGUGCAUCUGGACUCACUGCUCCCUCUGGACCCUGUUCCCCUGGCUACUUCUGUCUGGAAAGAGCCUCCUCCCCAAUCCCAGCAGGCCAUUCACAUCAGGGGGGGCCCUGUCCCCGAAGCCACUUCUGCCCCAGUGGAACCAGCCACCCUCAGCCUUGUCCUGCUGGCUCCUAUAGCAACCUGACCAGCCGAGCCUCCUGCUUCCCCUGCCCUGCCGGCUACUACUGCCCUGAGAACAUCACCACCUACAGCGGGCACCCCUGCCCUGCCGGCUUCUACUGCCCCAGAGGCACCAAAUACGCCACACAGUUCCCCUGCCCUCGGGGCUACUACAACCCAGACCCACUGACCCAGAGCCUGGACAGCUGCCUGCCUUGUCCCCCAGGCCACUACUGUGGGCAAGAGAAUCUGACCCAGGCCUCUGGGUGCUGUGAUGCAGGCUGGUUCUGCGUAUCAGCAGCCUGGACCUCCCGCCCCUUCGACUUAGACAACUACACCAGCACCAAUUGCCUGUGCCCAGCCACGGCUACAGGGGGGAAGUGCCCAUCUGGAUCCUUUUGCCCCGAGGGUACCCCAGAACCCAUACCCUGCCCACCGGGCUCUUUCUGCGCCACCUCUGGACUGUCCACUCCCAGCGGGCCCUGUCAGGCUGGCUACUUCUGUGCUGAAGGAGCAGAGUCCCCAGCUCCAGAGGACGGGCUGACAGGGGCCCCCUGCCCCCCAGGAACCUUCUGCCCUGCAGCAUCACACAGGCCAACACCAUGUCCUGCGGGUACCUUCUCCAGCCUUCCAGAGCAGACCAUGCCCUCUGCGUGCCAGGUCUGCCCACGAAGCUUCUACUGCAAGGAGGCUGGUCUCCAGGCCCCCAGCGGGCAGUGCCCAGCAGGUUAUUACUGCGACUCAAGUGCUGGGCCUAUCCAAGACUUCAGCCUAUAUCCUUGUCCUCAAGGCUAUUUCUGUCCCCUGGGCACAGCCGUGGCCACACUCCACCGGUGCCCAGUGGGUACUUAUGGCCCUCGGAGGGGACUAAGGAGCAUCACUGAAUGCCAGCUGUGUCCCGCUGGGAAAUUCUGUGCACUGGCAGGGCUCAUGGCACCAACAGGAGACUGUGCUGCAGGACACUGGUGUAAGGGAGGAGCGACCAGCAAGGACCCCACUGAUGGGACACAAGGCCUCCUCUGCCCUGCUGGGCACUACUGCCUAGAGGGAGCUCCUGUCCCCACCCAAUGCCCACCUGGUACCUGGUCUGAGGAAGGGAACAGAACCCCAGAAGGAUGUCAAGAUUGCUCUGGAGGGAGACUCUGCUCUGGCGGCCACCUGCCAAUCUGGCUGGCACCCUGCUACCCAGGCAUUUCCUGCACUAGCGGAACUGUCGCUACCACCCCCGUGGAGGGGCUCUUUGGGAGAUCCUGUCCCUCUGGGCAUUUCUGUCCUCUGGAAAUGGCUGACCCCUCUCUGUGUCCUCCUGGCUCCUAUGCCUCUGGUACCCACACAGCAAAAUGUUACAUCUGUCCCAGUGGCCACUACUGUGUUCCAGGGUUGAGGCCACAGCUGUGUCCAAGAGGUUUCUACUGCCCUGAAGGGACAGGGCUUAACUGGCAGCCCUGCCCCCCGGGCACCUAUGGCCCCGUGCUGGGACUGAGUAGCCUGCCAGGAUGUCAAGCCUGUGACGGAGGCAAGUUCUGCCCCAGGGCCAAUGCUACAGAAGCCGGCGGACAGUGCUGGGAAGGUUUCUUCUGCUCCAGAGGAUCCACCCGGCCUAAUCCAGAGGCCGGCACUGAAGAGGAGGCUGGCCCAUGUCCUCAAGGACACUACUGUCCCAGGGGUUCAGCCGUGCCCCAGCCCUGUCCACCUGGCACCUUCAGCGCACACACCAAGCUCAGCUCAGAGGCUGCCUGCUCCCCGUGCCCACCUGGCCACUACUGCAGAUCAGCGGGUCUCACCAGCCCUUCUGGGCCCUGCAGCACAGGCUUCUUCUGCCGCCACGGGGCCCUCGUUCCCAACGGCUCCCUAGGAGAAGAGACCAGUGGCCCUUGCCCUGCAGGGCACUUUUGUCCCCCAGGCACUGUUACCCCCAGGCCCUGCCCAGCAGGCACCUACAACAGGCUGGCCGCCCAGGGCCACUGUGAGUCUUGUCCUGAGGGUUUCUUCUGCCCGUCAAACACCUCCUCUGUGGUGGGGAAUGAGUGUCCUGCAGGCCAUUACUGCCCAGCCUCCACGUCCUUUGCUUCUCAGUUCCCCUGCCCCCGAGGCACCUACAGGCCACAGAGAGGGGGUGUCCAGCAGUCAGACUGCACUCUCUGUGAUCCAGGCUCCUACUGCCUCCUGCCUGGGCUGGUGGCUGUAUCUGGGCCUUGCAGGGCAGGGUUCCACUGCAUUCAAGCAGCAGCUGUCCCCAGCCCCACUGAUGGAAUCACAGGAGACCUCUGUCCUCCAGGCCACUUUUGUCCCAAAGGCAGCCCCAGACCCACUCCAUGCCCUCCAGGCUCUCUCCUGCCCAUCCCUGGGGCCAUGUCUCAGGAGGACUGCCAGCCAUGCCCAGGUGGCUGGUUCUGCUCCAGGGCUGGCCUGAGCUUCCCAGAAGCCCCAUGCAAAGGAGGCUGGUUCUGCCCCAGGGCCUCUGUCUCUGGGCACAGUCCAGGGACUCUCUGCCCUGUUGGGCACUCAUGCCCCCCAGGCAGCCUGGAACCCCAGCUCUGCCCCCCAGGGCAGUAUCAGGAUGAACCUGGACAGAGCCUCUGCAAGAUAUGCCCGGCUGGAAAGUUCUGUUCCUUCAGGAUCCAGAGACCAGGCGCCAGGCCUACUUGGCCAGUGAACUGUCCUCCAGGCUACUACUGCCCUUUGGGUACCUGGAGCCCCACCCAGCACCCAUGUCCCAGGGGCACCUUCCGAGAAUGGCCUGGCGCAUGCAGUGCUAAGGAUUGUAGGCCUUGUCCUGCAGGACAGUUCUGCUCAGAUUCAGGGUCCGGAAAACCCUUCCCAGAUGGGCUAUGCUCACCAGGUUAUUAUUGUCCUCCUGGCCAGACUUCAGCCACCCCUACGUCUUUCCGGUGCCCCCGUGGCUUCUACUGUCCAGAGGGAUCUCCCCAGCCAAGGGCCUGCGAGAACGGAAUAUUCCAGCCCCAGGAGGCCAAGGGGUCUUGUGAGCCAUGCCCUGCAGGAUUCUACUGUGAAGCCUCAGGCACAGGUCCCACGGCUGGUGGCCCCAACCUGUGCCUCCAGGGCUACUUCUGUCCCCCCGGCUCCCAUUCAGCCAAGGCCAACCUGUGCCCUCGGGGGACAUUUGGGCCCAGGCGAGGGGCCAGUGCAGAGCUGGACUGUGAGUUGUGCCCAGCAGGGAUGUUCUGCUCAUCAGAAGGGCUGUCCCAGCCAUCAGGGCUCUGCCACGCGGCCUACUACUGCACAGGAGGAGCAGUGUCUCCCACCCCCCUCAGACACAAGGUGGAGGCCCCAGGACUUUCUGGGAAUGACAUCUGCCCACCUGGCUUCUUCUGUCCCAGGGGAACAGUCUUCCCAGUGCCAUGCCUGCCUGGGUUUUACUCCUCUGCUCCAGGCCUGGCCAGCGAGGACCAGUGCCUGCCGUGCCCCCCAGGGCACUACUGCAGCCAUCCUGGGCUGUCCCAUGCCAUGGAGGCAGAGCUCUGCGAUGCAGGAUACAUCUGCCUGGGAGGCAGUGCUGUGCCCUCACCUUCUGAUGGAACCCAUGGCUACAGAUGUCCCCCUGGCUUCCGCUGUCCCCCAGGGGCUCACAGCGAGCAGCCCUGUGAGCCUGGCACUUUCAGCCCAUUGCCUGGGGCUCACACCUGCCUGCCCUGUCCAGGGGGCACCUACUGCCAAAAGGCUGCUACUGUGAAGCCCACCACCUGCCCCAAAGGAAUGUGGUCCCCUCCUCCAUGUCCUCCAGGGACCUUCACACCCCAAGAUGCAUCAGGCCUCCGGGAAGAGGGUGACUGCUCCGUCUGUCACCCUGGUAGCUACUGCAGGGGUGGACAGGUGUGGGGGAAAUGCCCUGCUGGUUAUUUCUGUCCUGCUGGGACCUCCGAACUAACGACACAAGGUCCCAGGGAGUCUCAGCCCUCGUGCCCCCAGGGACAACUGUGCGCCAAGCAGUGCCCACCAGGCUUUUACUGCCCAGAGGGCAGUGGAGAACCCACCUUAUGCCCACCUCAUACUGUGGCGGCUGCCCCUGGAGCCAAGCAGCAAGAUGAGUGUGGGCCUUGCCCUGCUGGGCGCUGGUGCAAAGCCGGAGACCCGACCACUCACCCCUGCCCUGCUGGCCACUACUGCCCUGGAGGGAAUAAAACCAGUCCAGGAACCCCCCAGGCCUGCCCUGAACACACCUAUCUGGCUGCAGAAGGAGGCCAGAGUCUGGCAGAGUGCCUCCCUUGCCCUCCCGGGUACCACUGCCUGUCCCCAGGUCUCUCUUCCUUCAAAAGCCACCCAUGUCCUCCAGGCUACUGGUUUCCAGGUGAUCAGGGUGCCUUUCUCUGUCCACCUGGCACCUUUCGAACAAAGCCAGGGGCAUCAUCCCAAGAAGACUGUGAGCUCUGUCCCCCUGGCCACUACUGCCCCCAGGCUGAGCUUCAAGAUAAUGCAAAUGUGUUUGUGAUCCCCUGCAGAGCUGGAGCUGAGUGCCCUGCAGGUUCUGUGGCUGAGGUCACAUGCAGGGCUGGCUCCUACUGCGGGCCCCAGACAGGGGUCCCCCCACUUUGCCCUGGGGGCUAUGCCUGCCCUGCUGGCUCCUCCACCUACACUGGCCCAGGGCAGCUCUGUGUGUUUCCCUUUUACUGCCCCGUGGGCAGUGCCCAUCCACGUGCGUGCCCUGGGGGCUCUGAGGCCCUGAAUGGGACUGGCCUUAGGGUCUCCAAGGAGACUUGCUGCCGCCUCUGUGAAGCAGGCACCUACCGCAGCCAGGCCCUGGAUUCCCAGACCUGUCAUCCCUGUCCGCCUGGAUUCACCUGCCACCAGGGUGCCUCCAACUGCACGUGUCGGGGCCUGAACAGGGUCUUCCAGAAGUCAGAUGGUUCCUGCAUCUGCCAGGCAGGACAUGAGUCCUAUAGCAGAAGGGGCCUGGAAAGUGAGGAGAGCAACGGUGAUGAAGACUGUCAGCCCCAGGUGGUAGAGCGAUGCUGGGCUGGAGAAGUUCGCCUGGCUGCCACCCGCAAGUGUGUGACCCCACAACUGCAUGACUGCUCUUCCUUCUGUCACCCAGUGGGUGGAGAGCUCAGUGCUGAACUGGGCAUCUGCCAGUGCCAGGAGUAUGUCUCAGCCGAAGAGCUCUGCGAUGCCCAGUGUCUGGCUAGGGCCCCCCAACUUGCCCUGGCCUGGGGUUCCAGCAGACAGCUGAUUCUCAGUGUGAAGAGUGAGACAGGAGACAGCGACCAGAGUGAAAUAGUGAGCACUCUGGGUCCAGACCAGUUCUUCCAAGGGAACGCCAGGGUCCAUCUGGUCCAAUGUGGCCCCCAUGGCACCUUUGGCUUUGUCAUCUCCAGAGUGGACAUGCUUGGCUCCUUCCUCCUUGGACCACCUGUAUCCCAGCCCUGGCUGCAAAGGCAUCAUCGGACUACAGGACUGGAACACUCUGUCCCUCAUGACCCCCACAUCCAUCCCCAUAUUCCAAAUCCAGUGGUCUGCCUGGCAGAGGGGGAUGUGAUUCUUUUCCAGCUUCAUAUUCUUCCCCACAAAGCUGAGCUGUCAGGAUGUGAGCUGCCCAGGCCUGGGACUGAGGAGGCCCCUGGAACACAGCCCCACCCUGCUCUUUCUCCAGAUCGCUCAGCCAGCCACUAUCCUGUGUACCAGGUAAUCUCAGCUAAGCUGUCUGGGAACUUGGAGGGGCCAUGGUUCCUCAUGUGUAAGACAGAGCUGGGGAGGCACUACGAGGACCAGAGGAGGAUGGGAAGCCACCAACAGUGUGGGAGGUUUGCCCACCAGUUCCUAGAUCCAGGUACAUAUGUGUUUCGAGACAAUAUGCUGCCUGAAAGCUUCAUGGUGGUGCUGGUGAAGAAGAAAGGAGUGGCCUGCAGUUCCAGUCUAUCCCCUGUACAGCCCUCCUCCCCAUAUCAGCUUACCAGGCAUGGGGUCCUCAGGCAGAGGCUGCCAAGCCUGGGCCCAGACUGGGCAGUGAUCACAGGUACUGACCUUGGACCAGAGUAGCCAAGACCCAGAGGGGGCAUGGGAGAAGCCUUUCACAGCAGGACCCUGAAGUGUAUGGCCAGUCCUGUCUGUUCCUUUGGGCAUAGCCCCAAAGACUUCAGAUGGGCACAGGGACAAACUUGUCCCUGAACUAGGGCUUCAUUUGCCAGGUAAAGUAAAUUGAAUUUCCUUCUUGGGGUCCCCUUUCUCUCUGCCUCCCAAGCCGCUCAGUUUUGGGACCUGUCCUUAUGAACAUGGAGGGUGUCAUGGUAAACGAGGCCAAUGAGUAGAGUCAUAGGCUCACAGAGACGCCUAUUCUAACCUCCUCUGUGGGUUUUCCAUCCAUCUUCUUUCCUGCUU